AGUGCAGUACAGGGAGAAGUUGUCUGUGGCUCAGCUGCAGCGGGAAGUUGCUCGAAGUAAGAGUGAAGGGACAAUGCGCGAGAAGCUGAUACAUGAGUUGGAGGAAGAAAGACAUUUGAGACUUGACAGUGAAAAAAGAUUACGGGAGGUGACAUUAGAGUCAGAACGUAACAGAGCUCAAAUGCGUGGAUUGCAGGAGCAGUUUUCGAGGAUGGAGGAGACGGUGAGAAAUCUACUGCAGAAUCAAGGAUCUCCAGACCAGAACAGAGAGGGAACAGUUAAUAUCAUGAAGGUGUAUCAGGAAAAACUGUCAGAAGAGGACAGAAAGUGCAAAAAAACUAUGGAACACAUUCAUAUUGCAGUAGAUGAAGAUUCAAGAAGUGAAAGUAGCAGUACUGAAAAAGAGAAAGAAAAGACAAAAUUGCUGUUAGAACGACUGAAAGCUCUGGAGGCAGAGAAUUCAGCAUUGGCUCUGGAAAAUGAAAAUCAAAGAGAACAGUAUGAAAGGUGCCUUGAUGAGGUAGCCAACCAAGUUGUGCAAGCGCUACUUACUCAAAAGGAUCUGAGGGAAGAAUGUGUAAAGCUGAAAACAAGAGUUUUUGAUUUGGAACAACAGAAUCGAAUGCUAAGUGUGCUUUUCCAACAAAGGGUCAAACCAGCUUCCGACCUCCUUCUCCAGAAACUGCAUUCACGCAUCUUAGAUCUCUCAUCUGGGGAUUUGCUUUCAGAUGUAGAAAGGAACAGAAGUUUGAUACAGUCACGAACUACUGGUGUUCAGAUUCAUGAAUGCCAGCAAAAUGUGAAAUCCAGUAUACCUGCCUUGAAAUGCCAGAGUCAAUUAAAUAUGACAGGGCCCAGUCACCUAUAUCCCCGGAGCAGUUGCAGUAGCAGUGAACUCUCUCUAUCAAGUGCCUGCAGUGAAUAUUCCAGUGGCUCCUCCUACACUUGGAAUGAUGGAAAGAUGUGCAGUAAAAGGUCAUCUAUAAGCUGGGAUAAAAGAAUAAGCAUUGGUUCUUCACUCCCAAGCAACCUCUCUAGUCCUACAGAUGAUCUACCUCCAACUCGUAUCAAGGAAAACUACAUUUUGGAAGGGCUGAAGAAGUUACAGAAACGAAAAAUAUUAUUUGAACCAUCUUCAGUAAUAUCAAAAUGGGGUUACAAAGAUUGCAUGGACUCCAAUGAAGGAAUAUAUUCCCCUGGAAUUAAAUGUGGCAGCCAUGAAGAACAAACUCAUUGUAAGCCAAUAGAAAUAGGGAGUGUUUGCAUCGAGCACAACAAAACUUUCACUUAUGAUUCAGAUUCACAUGAUGAUGCAGAUGAUGAAUCUUCAUCUUUAGUGUUGCUGCAUGAAGUACCAAGCAAAGGUUGCAGGCUCUACUGUAAUAAAUUAACCCACAGUAUUUCUGACAGUCUAUUUGGUUGGGAGCCUAAUGGGAAACAUUUACCAGAAAAAGGUUCAUAUUUUAAUUCAAAGGAAAGACCUGAAAAACUAACUAGUUUUGUCAAUGAUUUGCAGUCAGAGGUAAAAUCAUGCACAAAUGUUAAGCUGCCUGUACUACAGCUAGAUCAAAGUGCUGCUAAUCUUCAUUGGAAGGACCUCAAUUUACAGUUUUCAGAUACUGAUGACAAUGAAGUCAUGGAUGAAUUACAUAUAGAAAGCGGUGAUGAAAAAAGUCCAUCAGAGUUGUUAUUAACUCCCUUUACUGACAAGCAUACAAAGAGCUCUGACAUGCUUGCAGGGACAGAAAAUUCUCAGUUUGUAUCUACUGACGGAGAGGAAAAACAAGUAUCCACUCAGUCAGAUAUUGGGCCAAAGACAUGUAAUUUCAUUAAACAACAAAACUUUAUAAAAAAGACUUCUUCUGAAGAAUGCACUACUGUAAUAUUUGAUGCUGAGGAUGGCGAGCCUAUUGAAUUCAGUUCACAUCAAACUGGAGUAGUCACUGUGACUAGAAAUGAAAUUUCCAUCAACCAACCACAAAGUGGGCCCAAUGCAGAAUACACUGAAUUUAUACCUCACGGAAUAGCUAAUUUGCAGACAGGAACUGAUGCUAGAAACUACACUGUUUUAGAAACACCUGAAGAUGAAAUCGAGAAAAGGACUCUUCAGAAUAACAUAGGGAAUGAAAAUACAAUUGUCCCCCUGACAUGCAGUGAAUCAUUACACUUUGGAAGAGCAUUGUUGCAAAAUACUCUACAACAAAAGCUAGUGAAGCCAGUGUACAAUGUAUCAUAUAAGGCCAAUUCCAUCUCCACUAUUCAUGCAGGUAUCAAUCAAAACCAAAACUUGACUAAAAUAUCCAGCAGAAGUAAGUUUUCACCACAGAAAAUUAAGAUGACAGAUAGUGGGGAGUCUGCUGCAGCCUUAUCAUCUGGCCCAACAACCCUAGAAAAAUCACCAGUUUUGCUGCCUAUGAAACUGUCAAGAUUCAAAAAGGCACAAAGUCCAACUCAUAAUCUGGAUUCGAAAAUAGACAUAGAGAUUCCAAAGCGCCCUGCCCAUCUUCCUCAAAAUUCUAAAAUUCCAGGCAAAAGUGAUUGGACAAAGAAUCCAAAGAAUGAAGUUUCAGAAUCGCCAUUAAUGCCUCGGCACCUUAUCGAACCCAGUGACUAUGGAGAGCCCCCAACCAGAGAUAUUCAUUGUGACUUAGCAAUUGUAGAAACCCGAUCCCCAUCACCCCCCCCUCCUCCGGGCCGGUCAACUUCACUGUUGAUAAAACCAAAUUAUGAACAUUCUCCACCUUUAUCCAUAAAGCCAGGCACAACUGUUCCCAAUGAAACAGCAAAAAAUAGUCUUAAAUUGUCACCCUUAAAAAGAAUUGCAAACCCUAUUGCUUUUCAUAACCAACCUAAUCAUGAAAUGCUAACAAAAAAUAUGCCUUUCAUGGCCAAAAUUGAAUUAGUUCACCUCCAAGAGAAUGGAGAAAUGAGCACACAAAACAUGAUUCAGCAGUCCCACAGCUCCCCUGGAACCUCUCAAGGGCCUUCCAAAGUUUUCACAAAAAGAGCUUGCCCCAAACCCUCUAAUCAGUCAGUAUUCUGCAGCAAUCAGGGGCUUUCUAACCCAGGAUUACGGACAGCUAAGACUUUCUCUCUAGCUUGUGUGUCACUGGAAACGGUUUCCUCACAAAGCACCUAUUCAGGCAAAAAAGGACUAUCCAAUGGCAGUGGAGUGCCUCAGCCACAAAAGAUGCCAAACAGUCUGCCCACAUCUCCACAAUGUCAAACAGCAAAUAGUAGUGAGCCUCUUCUAUCUCAUGUUAACCGUUCCUCAUUGCCACUAUCAUUUCAUGGCAGUGACAUGACAAAUGCUAUCCAAAUCUCUCAUGAGAAAGGACUGAAAACCCGUCUCCCUGUAGGACUGAAACUACUUGUAAAAUCUCCCCAACUCCUCAGGAAGAAUUCUACUGUACCAGGGAAACAAGAAAAAGACAGUAUAAAUGCAGCUUCCAAAAGCAAUGUGAGUUCAUGUAAGUACAAGCAGGAUGAAUCCAUGUGUCUAACCACCAUGGAAACAAUGAGUACGGAAUUAAGAGUCACUAAGGCCGAUACUGAAAUAAGAGAUCAUUUUUCCAUGGGACUUACUAUUGAUACAGCAUCACCUCACUCACCUGAAAACUGCAGAAUGAUGGUAGACAGAGGAGAUGGAUUAGAAAACAAAUUAGUUAAGAGAUCUGUUUCUUCUAGUAGCAAAACAUACUUAAAACCGGCUCUGGGAAUGAAUGGAGCAAAAGCCCGUAGUCAAAGUUUCAGCAUUCAUACAGGGGAAAAGCCAGCUACCCCUGUGACAGAAGGGCUAGGAAAAGUACGAACUCAGAUUAUUACUAACACUUCUGAAAGAGGAAAUUCUUUAACAAGGCAGAACUCUACCAUGGAAGGAUUCCAAAUCAAGGCCAGUCCUGGGUUAGCAAUGGCAUCAGAGACCCUUUCAGAUACUUCAAAAGUCCCGGAAAAAUUCUGUUCUAGACAAGGUUCUGAUGGAAGCAUGAGUAGUUCCAAUAGUCAGCAUGGUAGCCCAAGCAGACUACCAUUCAGAACAUCUCCAAAAGUGGACUUGUUUCACAACAUUUCAAAAUGUGAGGGAAACAAAUCACCUUCUCAGAAAGAUUCACCAAAUAUAUUUGUCCACAAUGAAAAAAGCAGUGAGAAUUCUAAACAGUAUCCACUAAACAAAAAAAGUAUCUUGCAAGCGGAAUUGGAGUUGGAGUCAUCACCUACUAUUCCAACAGAACAAAUUUCAUCAUUUCAAAACUUGGAUGGAAUACAAUAUCCUCAUAAACUUGAAGCAAGCAAGUCACAAAGACAAGAAACCUCUUUAAAGAUAUCAGAAAACUCAGAGGUUACCAGUGCUUUGAGUUCAUCUGUUGUGCAACCUACAAUAGAAGAAAAAGUCAUGUUGUGUAUCCAGGAAAAUGUGCAGAAGGGUCAAGGGCAAAACAAGUCUCCCAGCACUGAGAUGAAACAAAAGACCGGGCCCUCUAUAGCUAGCUGGUUUGGUUUUCGUAAGAGUAAACUCCCAGCCCUGAAUGGUAGAAAAACUGAUGUUCCUAAAACAAAGGUAGAAAAGAAAGAAGCAAAAGGUUCAGGUUUUGGAAAUAAGCAGGCAAAGUCAGAGAAAAAAAAAGAUAAAAAGAAAACUGAUCAACACUGUGAAGCAGAAAAUGAAUUUAAUAAGAAAACUGAAAAUAGUGACAUUUUAGAUGAUGUUUUGAAAGGCAAAAAGAAUACAAAAGCUUCGCAAGAUAUCCCUGGCCAGAUUAGGUGUUAUCAAAAGAAUGCUUCCUCCACCAUCACAUGUUCAGCAAAAGACAGUUUUAUGAAAGAACUUUUAAACAGGAGUGUGUCGAAGGGCAGCUCCCAGGGCUCCUCUCUUCCCAGCAACUCUAUCAGCGCUCAAGGAAGCCACAAGAAAAACAGCAAAACAAAAGCUGAUAUGGAAAUGCAGCAUGAGACACUGACUAAAUUGGUCACAAAAAGCCAGCAGGAAGAUGAAGAGGACA